AUAUGAUUGGUUCAUACUUUUGGUUCCUCGUGGAAUUUAAAAGUUUAUACCAAUCAUAUUGGAUAUUGGACAUCGUACGUCGGCUAUCGUAUCCAGUGAAUCCUGCAUCACGCGGUACGCGGUACUACAAUCAACUAGGAUUGCUGGAGUAUAAGCAACGAGGAGUCAUUCGAGAUCUUUCGAUCGCUAAAGAAUUGAUAGUAAUCGAUAUUGUUUAACAGAACCGCCAUAAAAUGUCUCUGACAAAACCGAAAUCCGAGAUGACGCCGGAGGAAUUGGCGAAGAGGGAGGAGGAAGAAUUUAACACCGGGCCUCUCUCAGUUCUGACACAAUCCGUCAAGAAUAAUACCCAGGUGUUAAUAAAUUGCAGGAACAACAAAAAGUUAUUGGGACGAGUGAAGGCCUUCGAUAGACACUGCAACAUGGUUUUGGAAAAUGUAAAGGAAAUGUGGACGGAGCUGCCGCGCACGGGGAAAGGCAAGAAGAAAGCGAAACCGGUAAACAAAGACAGAUUUAUUCCAAAGAUGUUUCUACGUGGCGAUUCCGUAAUCUUGGUUCUGAGGAAUCCACUGGCGACUGCAGCGGGAAAGUGAUAAAUUAAGGAUAACUUUAAACUCGACUUUAAUAUUAAGACUAAUGCUCUAAUAAAGGAAAUAAAACUUUUAUAUGAACGCAACAGCGUUUAUUAAUGCGAGACCUCGCUCUGCACAAAUUCUCAAUCUUGCGCAUAAGUUUGUAAAAUAUCAAGUAAAGAAGUGCGUUAAGCAG